GUGUCUAUUUUUGCCAGAAAAAUAUAAAUCACAUAUAAAUUAUUAUUAUUAUUAUUAUUAUUAAAAUAUUGAUUAUCUACCUAGGUAUUGCAAAUUGCAAUAGACAACAAUGUGCGGGCAAACGCCCGUAAUAAUAUUAUCGACACACUGAACACGGCGAUCGCUUUAUUACACAUAAUAUUAUUAUACAGAAUUAUUAGUAAACGUGUGUCGUAAUAAUUAGAAAUCGCUGUCAGGAAUAAAAACUCUUGGGUUAAAUCUUCUUCAUCGUCGUUACGGAAUAAUCGCCUGUAUAAUAUUAUUAUAACGUCGCGUCCGCGUGACACGGUCGGCCGAUCGCGAGCGAUUCCGGCGUCUGCUCAGCUGUUUCAUAUCAACAUUCAACACAUAAUACAUUCCAUAAUAUUAUAUUCGCGAUGAUUAUGUUUCGUGUAUAUACGACGUAUUUUUCGUUAUCGCGCGGCCAUUCGGUAUCUUAAAAAUAACUGUAAAUGGUUUUUCUGCUAGGUUAAUUAAUAAACGAUAUUUCAUAACGUACGCUGCACACGAGUAUAUGCUAAUCUUAAUAUUAAUAGGUAUACGAUGAAUACCAUCCUCCUCUUCCGGUACCGCGGAUUGCACACGCGCGGUUAUGGGGGCAAAUCCGACGGGCUCAUGCCAAUAACUACGCCGCACUAUGAUCAUCGUUUCACGAGAAGACUCCGUUAUGUGUCGCGGAUGUGUGCAGGCUGAGCUAGGUGUACAAUGUAGGCUGUACGGUCGCGGGGUCAACAGGGGGGAAAAAAAUGAAGAGAAAAACGUACUAUCGUGUAUAGCUAAUUUCAGUCACGGCGUAUACCCGGCUAUAUUAUAUGCGCCGCCGGCCCGAAGUGAUUUAUGUAUCGUCUGUGUGUGCACCGGACGUGGUAACAAUGGUGUAUGAGAAAAAAAAUCAUAAUUUUAAGAUAAUAUACCGCGAGAUUACGGCGACAACGACUCAGUACCGUUUCCGCAAUAAGAGGCGGGGGAGACGUUCCAGAUUUACUUUUUUGAUGUACGUGCGCGCGUAUUAUAAGAUACAUAACAGAUACAUUAUAUCGUAAAUUUUGAAUCGGCUGCUGUGUUUACUGUUUAUACUGGAUGUUAUUAAACUACAAUCGACUAUAAAAUGAAACUGAGGUGUCAAUAUAAACCACUAACCUAACCUAUGUAUAAUACAAUAUUAUAUAGGAUUAUAGGAAUCAUAAAUAGUAGGUACUAAUUGAUUUUUGUAUAAUUUAAGAAACUUGUUUUUAAUUUUUUUAUCACAUUUCUAAACAACUUUUUACGGGAUAGGUACCCCGGUGUGCAAUGUGGUGACUUUAACUACUGGGAGAUGUUUUGUUAAGGUUACAAAACAAACGUUACAAUACGCAGUGAUAUAGAAGUUAAAUGAAUAUUACGUUUGCGUACUUAAUAUUAUUACAUCGCUAAGUAUACACAUAUUGAACAUGCAUGCGAUAAAACAUUUUAACUCAGCAAAUACAUUACAAUAUUUGAAAUUGUUAACUAAGACGUUUAAUAGAUAUCAUUUUGGAAUUUCAUAAGGAUGUUACAGAGUGAUAUCUAAUUAGGUGCUCAAAGUGAGUUAAGUUAACAUACUUAACAUUAUAACGUCGCUAUGUAUACUUAUUUUUAAUACGCAUGUGAAAUAUCAUUUUAACGUAGCAAAUACAUUACAAUAGUCGAAAUCUGUGACAUUUCAAUAUUUCAUCAUUAAAACGUUUAAUAGAUAUUAUUUAGCGAUGUCUUAAUAAGGUUACAGUUUAACAUCUACCCCGCAGUGGCUGCACACUGCACUGCUAUCAGACAUCAGGUACGCUUCAAACGAAUGCAAGGUAUACUGUAGCUGGUAAUAUACUUAAAUACGUAGUAUACAUAUAUCCUACGAUUAUACGCUAUAGUAUUAUUAUUAACUAUUAAGAUGUCCAGUCCGUGAUCCCAGUUAUGUCACCAGAAAGUAUUACAGUGUAACACUAUAAUAAUUAUUAUAAGUUAUAAGAGGUCACAAAUCCAGCGUGAUACUGUGAUCCAGUGAACAGUCCAAAUAUUAUAGCUGUUGGCUGUAUGAGACUAUUUUAGGAUAGCUAAUAGCAAUAUUCUAUAUCUAUUAAUAGUUAUAUUGGUAAGUUCCUAUAAUGAACAUCACAUAGAAGAUGAAAUUGUGUCGAUUGUGACAUUCACUUGGAAGGGCGGGGGCGGGCUAUACUGCAAUAACAAAUAAUUAUUGGUAUUUCCAGUAAUUGCAUGAUAAUGCUCAUGAAAGACCCUCGCUCUUUUUACGCGCGUUCAUUUUUCUUUGUGAAUUUGAUAUAGCCACAUCACACGUUUUAAUCUUACGAGCGUCAUUGCUCCGAAGUUCGGUUAUAGACAUGAGAGUACCUACAAUACGCGAAUGUGCUUUCGAUAUUAAUUAACAUUGUUUAAAUCACAAGAGUUGAAGACUGCAAGACGCGAGUGUGCUUUCGAUUACCUGAUUAACAUAUUGUAAAAUCAUGGCUGAAAAACAGUGGGUAGUUGGCCUAUUUGAAGAAGAAAAUAAAUUUUCAGUGAUACCCAGUAAUUGGAUUGUACAACUAGGUAACACUACAUUUUGUCAGUGGCCUAAAAAGCGUAUUACAGAUACAAUGAUAAUAAAUUAUGAAAAUCCAACUAAAGAUUGGCAACCAUUCCCUGUAAAAAUAAUUGAACAAUAUUCUACUUAUGAGCAAGCUUCAAAAAGAGAAAAAGAAAUAUUUUUACAAUCUUCUGAAUCAGAUCAAAGUGUAGGAAGUAAAUUUGAAAAUUAUCUACAAUUCGUUAAAAAAAGUUUAAAAAACUCUAAGUAUCCGUUACAAGAUAUAUAUAAUCGCGUAAUAGAACACAGAUAUGUUCAAAUAAAUGUGAUAAAAAAAAAUACAUAUCCCAUUUUUAAAAAAGAAAUAUUAAACUAUGAUGAUUUUUAUAAGUAUAACCCAUUUAUAACAUAUUAUGAAUCUAUGAUUACAGAACAAUUUAUAAUAAGUUCGACCAAAUCAAAAGACAAAUACUUUAUUUUAUACGACAAAAGUAUAGUUUUUGUGCAACAGAUUAAAAAACAUUUAAGUGGUGAAGUUAUAUUAGAAGUAUGUAAAUUUAAUAGAUCUUUUCAAAUGUCAAAUAACCCAAUUUGUUCAACUACUGUUGGCUGUUUUUAUGUAAUUACUGAUAACAUUUCUAUUCAAUUUGAGAUUAAAUUAGAUCAAAUAAAAUUUAAAUGUUUUUUUAUUCCAACUUCUGAUUCCAAAGCUGUGGUUAUAAGUUUGUUACACACAUGUACCAAAUAAUUAAUAAAUUACUUUAUUUUAUAAUAAUAUAUUAAAUAUUUAAAUAAAAUUUAAUUAUAUUUUAUCUGUGGUGUAUAAUAAUUUUUAUAUUUGUAUACAAUACCCAUUACCCAU